AUGUCUCUGAAUUAUGCCGUACUAGCUGCUCAAAAUGUAUCUAGAAAAAAUACUUCCCCAGAUCAGAGAAAUGCACCAAGAAUUGUAAGAUGUUACCACUAUGAAAGGGAAGGACACUACUUCCGUGAAUACUCCGAAAAUGCAUCAUCACAAUCAGAAGAAGAAGGUGACAUGGACGCUUACGUUGUGGAAGGCAUUAUACCCACUAGAAGAGAGAGGCCUAAGCACAAGCCGGAGAAAGAGGAGUCACUGGUGAAAAAAGUGAGAAGGAAAAGAGAGCCAUCAGUAAUUAAUUCCCUAGACUCUUAUAAUGUAGCAGACGAUAUCUUAGCUUUACCUGUCACUGUGACAAUAAGACAAAUGUUACAGUAUCCGAAAACCACUACCACGAAAUGUUAUGCAAAAAUUGAGAGAAAACCGAUUAUAGCUGUAUUAGAUUCAGGUGCCACUACACCAGAAGAGACAGAUAUAAGUGACAAAGAUUCUGACACAUGCGAUAAAUUCGAGUACGAAAGUGAAGAAUUAAAAGAAAAGAAAGGGUACUAUAUGGAAGAACAGUCGGAUGGAGAACUGUAUAAGAACCCAUGGGAAAACAUGCAGAGUCCAGCAAUAUAUAUGACAACCCUUGAGAAGGAAGAACAAAAAGAAGCCAUGAAAUUCUUUGAAAAAGAAAAGAAUCUUUUUGUAAAGGAUAUCACGGAGUUAACUCAAACUAAUGUCAUUCACCAU